AUGAAUUCUGGAUCUGGGGAGAAUGGAUACAGCGUUAAUGGAAAGCUACGGCACACGAAUCGAGAAAAGCUAUUUGAAUUACACAGAAAACUUCACAAUGAUAAGAUGAACGAAAAUGUCAUUGAAAACGAACCAAUCCAACUGGUGGAUGAAAAACCUCCAAGAAUACGAAGAUCUGAUGUGAGAAAGUACUUGGGAGAUCCAUUGCCUUUGCCAUAUCUGGACUAUUCCACAAGAGAUGAAACUUCAUCCAAGGUCGGUGAAUCAAACGAUCGUUCGAAUCAUGUCACAAACAGAAUAAAAUUUCAAACAAGAAGACCACUUGGUCAAAAUCAUGUUGAGAAUGAAGAUGGUGAUAUAUAUAAGGAGAAACUGAAGGAAUCUUUGAAAAAAUUUCAACGGUCAACAGCAUCAAGCACGAGCAGGAAAUUGGUUGAUAGAGUAGUUCAAACUGAAGAUUCAUCAAAUGAACCCAUCACUCCACAAGGAAAUUCAUACAAUUACACCAAAGUGAAUGAUUAUAAAAGUCCAACUCUAUCUCUUGAGGGCAGCCCUAAUGGGUUAAAUUACAGAAUUAUGUUGGAAACCUUCAAUGAUAAGGACUUUAUUAUCAACAAUUUCAAAUCAAGGAAUCCUCAAAUCAACCAACCUUUUGUUUCAACACCUAAUUCGAAAUCACCACCACGUACAACAUUACUAGAACCAUUUCAGCCUCCCAUAAAUAAGCCUAAACUCAAGAAGGCUGAUAAUAAAAAUGAAUAUAUUCAUAUUCGUCUACUUUCAAUUCUGGGUAGCCCAUUGUUUUUAUUAGGGCUCAUUUUUCUAUUGUAUUAUAAUUUACAAAACCAUCUACAACGUGAAUUCAAGGAUUCCUCAUGA